UAUAAAACAGCUUAUCCAUCGCAACUCUGAAAGCCCUCCAAAUGAAGCACUCUGUCAGCUUGUAAAAGCAGCUGAAUCUACUAUACAUGAAGUUAUUCUAUUACGACACCAGAUGACUGAGCUUUACACUACCAAUGAGAAACAGAAGCGAAAGCGCGCAGCCCCUAGAUCCUAUAUUGCUACUGGAGGGGUCCUGACAGGGGCUGAAGGCCAGCAACUUGCUCAAGAAUCUAUACAGAUAAUGGAUUUAGGGGUACCAGUUCCUAAAAAGCGUGCACCACCAUGAUGCAGUAACUGUCAUCAAAUUGGUCAUAUUAGAACUAGC